UCUGAAACAAAGGAGAAACCAUGUACUAUCUCUGUACUACCCCAUGUAUUGUGGACCUGAGGCAGAAGUCAGCCCUGCGAGGCUCCAAAGCCUUUCCUGCGUCUCCCCUCUUUCUCCCUUCUCCAACGUGCAUCCAUCCCCUUUUAACCCAAAUCGCUCCCUCCAACUUGGUCUUUCCUUCACAUUCUUUACCCUGGCAUCUUCCGUCGAACUCUCCCUUCAGAUCAGCUAAAUGCGGCGUUGCCAAGCUGCCCCGAUCCGUCCAUCUCAAGUCAGCUUCAUCCAAUUUGACGCCCCGUUUGGCUGCUCAAAGUCCCCUUUCCCGCCGAUUGGACACUUCUCGAAUCUUAAAUAGAUUGCCUGAGUCAACUCGAAGAAAAUGAACGAAGAACCGGAGCCUCAAGUGAUGUCUAUCCAGCAACGCAUCGCCGCCCUGAAACAGGCCCAGACUGGACACGGUUCCGAGAGCGCAGCCCCGCCGUUCCUGGGUUCGCAACCAACUCCCCUGCCAUCGCGUCCAGCCCCUUCGCGGAAUCAAACGAUCAAUAAUCCUCCGUCCAACGUCCCCCCACCCCCCUACGAAGAGGUUCAACAGAAACCGGCUCUACGACCCCCGCCUGCAGUGCCUCCGAACGGCCGGAAGCCAAAGGUGCCCCCACCCUUGCCCACUCGAAAGAGCUCCACGCAAUCGGCUCCGGCACUACCGCCGCGCAGACCCUCAGAGAUCUCCCGGAAGGUCUCGUUAGAAUCGGUGGCUUCGGAUGCCUCUCGUUCGACGUCUACAAGCGCGGGGAGGACUACGGGAACAUCGGCGACCUCCAUUGACUCUAGCUCUGUUCGGGGGGUACGAGCGCCCGCGUGGGGUGAAGCGGAACUCCCUCCGCUGCCUCCCAAGAGACAGGAGCAGACAUCACGAUCGCGGCCGUCGACCGCGAACUCCAGCAGAAGUCGCUCGCAAUCUCGACCGUCCCUGCCUAGUCGCCGGGAAUCGACGAAUAGCACCUCGACUGAUGGUGGCUCAUUCGUGAGCCAGCCGCCGCCACCAUUACCCUCUCGGGGUACCAGGGACAAAUCGCCUGGUGUAAAUGCAGAACCCGCCGUCAGACCACCGCCCAGGAAGCUUCCGCCGCCGCCACCCUCAAACAAUGUGCUCGAGAAGAUCCAGCAGUCUGGGCUUGGGGGGAUAAACAAAAACUCGGAAGCAUCAGACAGCGCCCCGCCACCUGUCGCCAGACCUCCAAGUUCAAAUGGUGUUCUGGGCAAGCUUCAGAAUUCUGGACUGGGAGGGAUCACUAGAAUUCCAGAGGUUCCCGAACGAUCAAGUGAGCCGGCCGAAGAACCUGCCUCGAAUGGAGUGCCACCACCCGUCCCCUUGGCGUCUCGCCCCGACCUGUCCAAAAUCAUGGCGACGAAACCUCGUAUGCAAAGCAAUGGCUCGCCGGCUGCGACACCCAGUGUGACCUGUCUGAAAUGCCGCGAUUUCUCGGGCCCGGACGCGCACGCGGCUCAAUACCCGCGCCAAUCUCUUCCCACCCACGAUAUGGCCUGGCUGGCAAGAGAGCUAACGGCCCCCUUCCCGUCCCAUACCGACAAAGCCCGAGCACUUUUCACCUGGUUCCACCAUAAUAUAGAGUACGAUGUGCACUCCUUCUUUAAUAAUUGCGUAAAACCAUCGACUCCCGGCUCGACGCUGGCCACCGGACUGGCAGUGUGUGAAGGCUAUGCCGGUUUAUUCGCGGCACUCGCAGCCCAUGCUGGGAUGGAAGCGGUCAAAAUUUCCGGUCAUGGCAAAGGUUUCGGCUACAAUGCCCCGGCACCGGGCUCUAGCUUACCGCCGUUCAAAGCGAGCCACGCUUGGAACGCGGUGAGAAUCGACAAUGGACAAUGGAAACUUCUCGACGCCUGCUGGGGUGCCGGGGUGGUGCAAGGCGCCGGGAAGCCGUAUAAGAAGCAAUUCAAUGCGGCCAUGUUCACCGAUUCCAACGACGAGUUUGGGCUUCGCCAUUACCCUUCGGAUCGAGCCCGAUUCUACCGGGACGACGGGCGACCCGAGAUCAGCUGGGAAGAGUACCUCGUGGGCAACCCAAACUCGCCGCUUGGCGCCGAGCAGCCGACGAUAUUCACGGACGCAAAGAAGCACAGCAUUGGGGAGCGCUCGUUCCGACCGGAUGCCAAGGAAAUCUCGGUUCAUCAGUCUGGGCCGAUGCGCUUCCAGUUCGGGCUCAUUUGUGAGCACUGGACACUGGCAAACCACAGCCGGGCCAAGCCUGGGCUUUUCCUACUGAUGGUGCACGGCGUGGACGGUCGGAAGGACGACAGGCUGCCUUUUACUCAUGCCCGGGGCUCCGGACCGAACGGGGGCGGGGACUUUUGGUUUGUGGACGUCCCGGACGCCAGAGUCUUGGGAGCGCCGGGACAAAAGCUGCAAAUUGCCGUGCUCACUUCAUUCGGUGACCAGAAGGACGCCCGGGGGGUAACUGCGGAGGAAUAUCGGCGACAGGUUGGCCGAGUAGGCAUGUCAUGGGCUUACAUUGCGGAGUGGCAGCUCGUGUGAAAAGCGAAAACCCUGCACCAGUGGCCUUGGCCUCUGUCGGUGGCGUCCAUCUCUUUCCUUUUUUUUUUUCCCCCUCUUUCGUUCCUUCGUUUUCAUCCCCACUUGAAAUCCUUGAUACCAGCACAUAAUGAUCGGGUUUAUCCCGUUGCACCGCAUCAGCAUACGAUUUUGACAUAGGCAACAUACACUAAUGAUAAUGAUGACUGGCAUUUCCCAUAAUUUCCUGCUAUUUUUGGACCGUUCAACGGUGUCAUAAAAACUCUUCGGUGCGUGUGAUCGGAGUGGCACCAUUUGUCCGGAGCUGUAAAGGAUCUUGUCCACGUGUGCCGAAGUCCAGCUUGUUUUCUUUCGGGGUCUGUGUUUCAUUUGUUUGACCAGUCUCUUUCGUCCUUCCAUUAGUUUGUUGCAUAUAUUUCCGGCCCUAAGAU